AACAAUGUCAGACGACAUUAUAUUAGAUCACCCUGUUGAAUCAGAAUUUGUUAAGGCUCUUAAAGAAGCUCAAAGUAAGGAGGACUCUACAUAUGUACAGACCCUUCUCACAGAGGCAAGCAAAGAAAAUCCAAAUAUCAUCAUAGAGUUGUCAAAUGAUGACUGGAUGAAAGACCCUGGUGUUGAGCUCCCCCCAGCUGUACUGUUGGGUCUUUGGUCUUUGGAGUAUAAAAGAGAACUGACAAGCCCACUGUGUAUUGCUGCCGCACAAGGUUUCUCUGAAUGUCUGCAAUAUUUACUGGAACACGGCGCACGUCCCAACCUUAUCGCAGGAGGAAAAGCAGCACUUCACGAGGCCUGUGCAAACGCCAACACUGAAUGUGUAGAGCUGCUGCUGGAACAUGGGGCUAAUCCUAACCAGAUGACAGACGAGGGACUGACUGCUUUACAUUUCUGCAGGACACCACAAUCACUACGUUGUGCAAAAACCUUGGUGAGAUAUGGUGCCAAAGUGAACUCACCCAGUGAAGAAGAGGAUGAAACACCACUGCAUGUGGCAGCUAGACACGGUCUGCCCCACCAUGCACAGCUGUACCUACGAUUCGGAGCCUGCGUGAACCAUAGCAGCUCUUCUGGUGAAACGCCACUGGGGGUGGUUUGUGGAGUUGCCCCAGAAAAGACAGACGACAGCCAAGAUGAACGAUACCUCGAGAUCUGUCGUCUCCUCCUGGCCUAUGGAGCUAAGGUUAAUUUGUCUGAUAAAGAACGCCGCAGUCCUCUACACAAGGCCGCCCGCAAUGUUCAGCUUAAGCUGGUGGAGCUUCUCUUGGAGCAUGGGGCUGAUAUCAAUGCCAUUGACUAUAACGGUUGUUCACCGUUAUCGAGUGUUCUACAAAGCUCUGUGGUUCGGCAAGAGUGGGAACCUCACAGGGUUGUCCAGACCUUGAUAAAUCGGGGAUCUAUUAAAGUCUGGCCACUAGCACUGCUGAAGGUAUUAACAGCUUGCGCUGCAGCACCUAAAACUGUGGAAAUCCUGUUUAACUCAUACACACUUGUCCCUGUGACCUACAAAUGGGUUGAGGCUAUACCUGAGGAUAUUUUUCAUCUUCACAAAACCUUUUAUGAGUCUCUCUUUGCACUGGAGUAUAAACCACGUAGUUUACAGCAUCUGUGUCGGUCUGCACUGAGGAACCAGUUUGGGAAAAACUGCUGCUCACUCAUUCCCAGGCUCCCCAUACCAAAGCCACUUGAACAGUAUCUUCUUUUGGAACCGGAGGGGUACAUUGACUAGAAUCAGACUUUUGCCAGAAACAUU